AAUUACGGGGAGAAAAAAGAAAGAAAGGAAAAGGAGGAGUCGAAGAAUGAAAACCUGGUCUUUGCACUUGCAGAUACCAACAACCAGUGCCGUGCAGCUCCACCAUCACCAUUGCUCCUACGACGUCGUUUCAUCGCUUUCCGAUUCAAUCACACUUGAAUGAAUGGGCAAUUGCGGUACCAGAGAGGAAUCAGCAGUAGUUUCCAAUGCUCAAGUUCAGCAGCUUCACCAUGCGACGUCGUUGAGCGCAAGUGCCAGGAGUCAAAAUGCCGGUGGCGUCGGUGAGAAGAAGCACGGUCACAGGCACAAUCUGAGCGAGUGCGCUUCGGAUCUGAGCGAGUCUUGUUCGACACCGCGCGGUAACAAUAGCAGUAGCAGCAACAACACGCUGCUUUAUACGCACGUGAUCGCGUUCACGCUUUAUGAGUUGGAGACCAUAACCAAGAGUUUUCGUGGGGACUAUAUAUUAGGCGAAGGAGGGUUCGGCACUGUUUACAAAGGGUACAUUGAUGAGAACGUUAGGGUGGGACUGAAGUCACUCCCUGUUGCGGUUAAGGUCUUGAACAAGGAAGGGUUACAGGGACAUCGAGAGUGGCUUACGGAGGUGAAUUUUCUAGGGCAGCUAAGGCAUCCUAAUCUUGUGAAGUUGAUUGGUUAUUGCUGUGAGGAUGAUCAUAGGCUGCUUGUCUAUGAGUUCAUGUUUCGAGGAAGUCUAGAAAAUCACCUGUUCCGAAAGGCAACUGUUCCUUUAUCAUGGGCGACAAGAAUGAUGAUUGCUCUUGGAGCAGCCAAAGGACUUGCCUUUCUCCACAAUGCUGAAAGGCCAGUAAUCUAUCGUGACUUCAAAACAUCUAAUAUAUUAUUGGACUCUGACUAUACUGCCAAGCUUUCUGAUUUUGGGCUGGCUAAAGCAGGACCACAAGGUGAUGAAACCCAUGUAUCCACUCGAGUCAUGGGUACAUAUGGUUAUGCUGCCCCUGAAUACGUGAUGACUGGCCACCUGACGGCUAGGAGUGAUGUCUAUAGCUUUGGUGUUGUUCUUUUGGAGCUUUUAACGGGAAGGAAAUCUGUUGACAAGACCAGACCUGGAAAGGAACAGAGCUUGGUAGAUUGGGCACGGCCAAAGCUCAAUGACAAGAGAAAGCUCCUACAAAUAAUUGACCCUAGAUUGGAGAAUCAAUACUCGGUGAGGGCGGCACAAAAAGCAUGUAGCUUGGCUUAUUACUGCUUGAGUCAAAAUCCCAAGGCAAGGCCACUAAUGAGUGAUGUAGUUGAGACAUUGGAACCCUUACAAAGUUCUAGUGUUGGUGCUGGUGAAGUCUCGUUAUCUGGAUCAAAUAGUGGGAGUGCUGGGCCUUUUGCUAUGAACAAAAUCUCUGACUACCGGAUGCGUCACAAGUUUUCAAACAAUGUUGGUCCAGGUGCUACUUGUCGAUCUCCAAACCCAAAUUGUUCACCAGGUGCCCCAGCAGCUUUAAGGGUCAGAUGAUAAUAUCUUGCCCUGAAUCCCUGUCUGGUGUGCUACUCGAAUCACCACUUAAUCUCAAGAAAAUGGUAAUUUUUAAAAUGUGGGUGCAUCCUUGUAUUUUGUUGCAUUGUACAUGAUAUUAUGGUGACAAGAAGCCCUAGUGGAUAAUUUUUGUAAUCAAUGUUUGGUCUUCUGUUCAUCUGAGUGGGAAUUAUUGUGUGGUAAUCUGUGUACUUUGUAAUCAUCAUGGCAUCAGAACUAAUGUAACUGCUUCCUCUCAACAUCUGCAGUACAAGAGUAAGCUCUUAGUUAUAACGAGAGAUUAUUAGGUAAACACAGGACAUAAGACAAUCUUAUAAGGUUUGUAUUUUGACUGCACGAUUGUCUGCACGCUCCUGCCUUUUUAAAGUGACCAGUUUGUAUUUUGACAAAAUAAAGAUGAAGUGCCAUUUUCAAGCUUAUAAGGCAUUUGUAUGCUUCCUCAUUUAACUCUUGG